GUCACACAAGUCUCGGGUCAAAACAUUGGAAUCGCCAUACUAAGGGUGUGGCGCUGGAAGACUAGAAGCCCUAACUCUUCUUGAGGCUUUUUAGUUUUCAUUAUUUAAUUUUCCUUAAUUAUGUUUAUUUAUUGAUUACCAGAGACCAAGAUGGAGGGGUUAAAGGCGCUGCUGAUGUGGUAUAUGGCUGCCACCUUCGGCAUGAUUAUGGCGCAAUUUGAGUAUCAUGAUAAGGAUACUUUUGACCAAAUAGAAAAUUUGUUCAGCCUCGUCACACCAAGGAACUGCUUCAUCAAACCGAAGGAGGACCUCUACUUUCCUGAGGACACUGUGUCACAUUUGCCAGACAUCCAGCAGGUUAACAUCAAUCCUGUCUUUCCUAACCGCACAGCACUUCAUCAUCUCCACAAUAUGGCUCAUUCUCGGGCUUUUUUCUGGUCUUACAUCCUCCAGUCACGUUUUAAAAGACCAGCAGGUGAUACAGUAUUCCCUAGCAUUUUAUCUUUAGCAUUAACUGUUCAUGAUCAGUGUGUCUGUAUAUGAUAUUACUGUAGUGAAAUAGAUUAAAAAGUGGUGAGAAUGACUACAUUUGGAUUAAGAAUGGAAGAGA